CCGUUUUAAACCACUAAUACCAAGUUGUACAACUUUCCCUAAACGAGUUUAAAGGAUUAAAGAGGAUUAUUCCCACUGUAGUUUUAACGUUAGCUAUUGUAGUAUAAACCUAACAGCUAAACAUGGGUCAAGUCAGAAUGCAUACAUUAUAGAGUGAGGGCAAAGGAAGAAGAACAGCUGAAUAACUGCCCACAAAUAGUGAAUUAAUUGUAUGAGAUUGAAUUAAAUACCACAAUGACUGGAUCACGACUAAUUCUAUUUCCACUCCAGUACGCUUUAAACAUGAAGAUUGUUUUAAAUAAUUGAUCACACAAGUGCUGGAUAUUGAUUGGGUAUUUUCUGUGUCAUAGCGGAUAUGAAAUCAAGUUGACUGUUCUGGUUGAAUAAAAUAGAAAUGGUGGGUGUGUUGAACGUGCUUGGGGUUUCUUCAAAAGUGGAUUGAGGGAUUUUUGCAUUAUCCAGGAAGUCAAUUUAAGAUGUUGACGGUGGACCGAAGAUUUGUGGCUAAAAAUGUCGCCAAAUAUGGAUUAAUUCUUCUCGUUCUAUCUGUUACUGUAUACCUUGUUAAACGAUCGCCGGAAUCCGGUAUUGAUGGUAAAGAUAACCUUCUGGUAAAGAUUCCCCUGGAUGACGGUCGACCGUGUAACGCAACCUUCCGGCAGGCAGACGCUGACAACUUCCGGAAGAUUGAGUCGUACCGAUUUCCUGGUGUCGAUCGUUACACAGCAGAGCUAUUCCCAACCACAACCCCGGGUUUAUCUUCUGGUCCUGUCACUGGUGAUGACAUCGUAAGCCCGGCGCUCGUGACUGCAUUCUCGUCCAAUCACUACUUGGAAUCCAAGUUUCUUUUCAAAAAUAUCGAUGACGUGGUUCGCCCUCAGUACCCUGAUGUUAAAGUGAUUGUUUAUGGGCUAGGGCUUUCAACGGGAGUCAAACAAAAGUUAUUGACAUUUUGCAAGUGCGAGAUAAGGGAAUUCAACUUUGACCUUUAUCCCGACCACGUCGAAAUCAUCUUCGGGUACACGUGGAAGCCAAUAGUUCUGCAGGAAGUUGCAAGGGAGCAUCCAUUUUCUAUUUGGAUGGACACGUCUGUACGUUUCACUGAUAAAGACCUCCGUCCUUUCUUUGAGAAUGCGAAACGACUGGGUGUCGUUGUCACAAAAAACACCGGUCCUAUCGCCAUGCGCACCCACACAAAGACAUUCCAGUUUCUUGGAGAAAAUCCGUGCACUUUCAGAGACAGAAACGAGUUUCAGGGCGGCUUUGUGAUGUUAUACUCAAAUCCAACUACUGUGCAAUAUUUCAUGAAGCCUUGGGUAUCUUGCGCAUUGACACUAGGGUGUAUGCUACCUGAUUAUUCUGCCCGUGAUUAUAUAGACUGUGGGAAACACGGCAACGUUUAUUUUGACUGUCACAGAUUUGAUCAGUCGGUGCUUGGGAUUUUGCUGUCCAGGACUUACGGGUUGAAAGUGGACGACCAUGGUGUGGAUACGAGAAGCUAUCAUAGUUUUUGUAAAGGGAAUGAUGACAGUUUUUACCUCCCUUCUUUCAUUUCUGUGGAACCCUUGAUUGAAAAGUACAGGGAAGAUUGUUAUUAGGGUAUCCGCAUCUGACGCAAAAUAGAUUGUCAUCUAUAUCGAGCCAUUGGCCACCAUUGGGAGUAAUUUUAAAUGGUGACGCCUUGUGACGCCAUAUAAUGUAAGUAUCAUUCGAAGUGGUAUAGCUUGUUGAUAUGCAACAUGAAUAAUGAAUUUAUUGCGGUUUGUAUUUGUGUUCUUUUUUCGAAUGAAAUCCCACGUUAAAUGACUAUUUUUGCAAUCUUUAGAACUAAAAAAUGUUUGAUUAGAAUAGUCAUAACUUUUUUCCAUCUUUUCCCAUAAAACCCGUUUAAUCAUUAUAAAAUAAGAUGUGGUGCCCAGGCAUUUUUACUUUCCCAUUAUAGUUCAUCAUAUAACUUCGAUCGAUUUAGCGUAACAAUAUCAAAACAUUUCCCAUAUAUAUACUAGUAAUAAUUAUUAAUAAGUUAUGUUCUGUGCAUGUGAUCAUUUAAGGUUGUAUUACAUUGCAUAUAAAUAAUGAAACACUUAUAUUUUGGAAUUUAUUAUUUAUUUGUUAAGAUCAGCGUGAGUGUUCCCUUUGAGGCGCUCUUGCUAUCGUUAUGCCAUUAGCGCGAACUACUUUUGGUACAUGUUCUGUCGUUAAUAUUAACAUUUGUACAUUGUAUAAUUGUUAUCACAGAUUCCAUACUAAGAAAUCCCUUUACAAUUGCUAUACACAAAAAAUGUUUAGGGGAAUAAUGGGUAUCCCGUUGCCAUUUUAUCAAUGACGCAAAUUUUCAUUCCAAAAGAAAAUAUACACAAAUUAAACUGGUAAUAUUCUGUUGAUAUCCACAUGAAAUAUGUUUUACCCAGUAUAUAUAUGUAUCAUAUUUUACAUAUACUUUACUUAAUAUCACUGACACUAGGGUGAACAAAAGCGUCGUGGGCGAACGCCAAUGCCUGACUGGUCUUGUUUUCCAAAGCGUUGUUUCCAAAGGAAUUGUGAUAGCCUGUUGACGUCGUCGUCGGUGAAUUGGUCUAUUUGCAUGCGAAAUUACACUGAUUUAUUAAGCUUUACGACCCCAACACCAUACAUAUUGGAUAAAAAUACCGCAUGUGUACUACACAUUAGACCAAAUGAAAAAAAGGUUUCUUAUAAGAAAAAUAAAAUUGGUUGAAGUUUACCGGGAUGUAUUCGAUAUUGGCACAAACAACGUGGUAAAAAAGGAAAAAAAGUAAUCAAGUUUUUACAGUAUGUUAAGCAAGUUUUUGAAAUCACAAGUCAUUAGCUUCAAAACAUGUAUAGAUGAAGAAUACCCCAUGAUCUCAUUUGGUAAUAUUAUAUGACUGAUUAACCAUUUGGUAAA